AUCACUCCGACACCGUGUAGUGCAGGCGAAGUGUGCCUCUUGCCUUUCAGUGAAAUCGUCCUCUAUUUUGUGUCCUCUCGUGGCUUGGCCUGACGUUCCGUGCAUACCAGCCGAUUGGAGGUAUCACAGUCAUUGGUUUGGGCAGAGUUUUAGGGAGUAGUCGAGGUGAAGGGCGUAGUAAUUAUUGGUUAUCGUUCUUGCCGGUGAAGUACUCCUCUCAAGAUGGCUGGUGCUGUGAAAGAGAUGGAGCAUUACGUUGGAUUUGCUAAUUUGCCGAACCAAGUCUUCCGAAAAUCUGUACAGCGUGGAUUUGAAUUCACCCUCAUGGUUGUCGGGCAGUCAGGUCUCGGUAAAUCCACGCUACUUAACUCGCUAUUCCUGUGCAAUCUGUACUGCGAUGCAGUAUAUCCACCUGCAGAGAAGAGAACACCAAGCACAACAAAGGUUCAAACAUCCAGUGUCGAACUAGCCGAAGGUGGAGUACGCUUGAAGCUCACAUUAGUGGACACGCCAGGAUUCGGCGACAGCGUAGACAACAGCCAAUGCACCAAGCCGAUUGUAGAUCACAUUGACCAGCAGUUUGAGGAGUACCUCAACGCACAGUCGGAAAUCAAGCGUGUCGCCGUGCCCGAUCGACGUGUACACGCCUGCCUGUAUUUCAUUGCGCCCACCGGCCAUGGCCUCAAACCUCUCGACAUUGCCGUCAUGAAGGAACUCCACAAAAAGGUCAACAUCAUCCCGCUGAUUGCCAAGUCAGACACGCUAACAACUGAAGAAUGUGAAAUGUUCAAGAAGAGGAUCCUAGAAGAGAUUGAGCAGAACGAAAUCCAGGUGUAUUCAUUCCCCGCUUCUGGUGAGGAUGAAGAGGAUGUCGAACUAAAUAAGCAGAUGCGGGAUCGUAUGCCAUUUGCAGUAGUCGGUAGCAACACAACUGUCACCGUUGGUGGCAAGAAAGUUCGCGGCCGGAAAUACCCAUGGGGAGUGAUUGAUGUGGAGAACCUGGAGCACUGCGACUUUAGUGCACUGAGAAACAUGCUUAUCCGCACGCACAUGCAAGAUCUGAUCGAGACCACCGACCAUGUCCAUUUUGAGAAGUAUCGCUACAACAAGCUAGCAUCGGCAGUCAAUCCACAAUUCCAGUCAAAGGGAUCCGAAGCAAGAAAUCCACUGGCGCAAUUCGAACUGGAGAAGAAGGAGCAUGAGGUGAAGAUGAUGAAGAUGCAAGAAGAGAUGGAGCAGGUGUUUGAGAUGAAGGUGAUGGAGAAGAAGCAGAAGUUGAAGGACUCUGAGCAAGAUCUCCAGAAACGCCGUGACGCCAUGCAGGCUAACAUCGACAAACAGCAGAGGGAGUUGGAAGAUCGGCGGCGGCAGUUCAACGACGACAAAGCAGAAUUUGAAGCGCAGCAGCGGAAGUAUGAGCAGGAGAGGGACGCGAUGGCCCUCACAAAGACCAACUCGCUAAGUCAAUCUCAAAAAGCCCCGAAAGACAAGAAGAAGGACAAAAAGGGAUUGUUUUCAUGAUCCAGUUCUGCGGUGUGAUAUCUAAUGCCAGAGUUCUGUUUGCCAUUACCGCAGUAAAGUUAUGGGAUGGAGAGCGUAGCUGGAGGGCAGUGUGUGGUAUACCAGCCUUACAUCAUCACAACUUGUCCGUCUCAGGGUUCCUUUUUGUGUCGAUCCUAGGUAGGCGUCUUUUUGUAUACAUUGUACAAAUGAGUUCACAACCAACUGAAGAGUAUCAUCGGAGAUUGCAUGUGCAUUAGAUAUCAGUGUUCUAUUUUUGGCUAUUUGGAGAUGAUCUGUCCCCUUACUAUAAGCUAGAUAGUCGCUUUGCCAGCAAUAUGUCCCUGCUGUGCAGAUGCAAUGAAGAAGACGUCCGGCUGCAUGCUGGCAUCUUGCGUUUGUGGGAUGCACGCUGCUAGGCUGUUCUUUGCCGGUUGCUUUGCCACCGUAGUACGUGAGAUGUGGACAUUUGCGUACUGCGUGUAUAGGCCCUUGCCCCUCUGUACAUGCUGCCAUUGACUUGAGGUAUCUGUGCUAAUACUGUAAUAGGCUGUGUGAGAACAUUUUUCAAAGUUUGUGUGGGACAUUCAUUUGCAGUGUGUGUGUUCAUUCCGACAAUUGCCAUGGUUUUGAUUUGGUAUUAUGUUUUGGUAUUGAUUUCCCCCCUCGCUCCGUUGCCCCGCUCUCGUACCUCGCAUCAUGAUCAUGAUGGUCCAUGGUGUGCAGCAAACAAAGGCUGUGCGCGUAUUGCUCAGCUUGUUCUCUUUCAGUGAGUAGCGUACACAAUACUAUGCCCCAUUGCUGCUCUUGCUGCUGCUGCUUCUGCUGCUUCUGCUGCUUCUGCUGCUGCUCUUCCAACAGACCACCAAUGGCAAUGCCCUAUAUUGUGGUCACCAUAUGGUCUCUAGUCUUUCCGUUGCCGAGUGUGUACAUCUGUCAAAGUUUGCGGCUGUCUUUACGGUAGUGAUUCCUGCAGCUGUUGCCGCUAUUUCUAGUAGUUCGCUUAGUUUCCCUGCCCCUCUAUCCCAAACCACCGUGAGAACUAUGUCUCCAUUCUCUCUUUCUGAUCAUCUAGUUACUCUGGUCUCUAGUUACUCGCUGGUUGUUCCUCUUCUGGCUCUGCCACUUGUACUUUAGUCAGGGGGCAUUCUCUUUCCUACGUUUUCCUACUGUGCUUAUCUGUCACUCUCUGUUCUUUUCUUAGUUCUUCUACUUAGCAGCUGCAUGCACAGGC